AUGGCAGAAGUAACAAGAGACUCAAACGAGGGUCCAUCAGAAGAAACAGAGGACCUGGACUUGCUUGAACAAGUUGAUAGAGGAACUCUCCAACAAGUCACAAACCUCCUGGACAUCUUGGAGAGUGAGUCGGCAAAGACAGACAUUGAGUUGGUGGGCCAGGACAUGCGGAAGACCCUGGCUUCGGCUAUAAUCACGGAGAAGGCCAACAGUGAGCCCUCCAUGGUGAUGAAUGUCCUCAUCUGCUGCCUGAAGAUGCCUGAGAUUUCCACUGAGCGCAAGAUCAACAUUUACAGCAUCCUCCAGGAAAUCAUCCAGCAGGAAGGGGAGCUGGACGAACACUGUGUCCAGAGGCUGGUCACUAUUGCCUCCAAAGAGAUGAGAGAGAUCCAGGAGAUGGACGGCAACCUGAAGGCAGAAGUGGCUAGUGACACCUUGGUGGCUCUGUCCGGAAACCACUUCAGUUUGGUCAUGUAUGAGCUUCAGCAUCAUCUCAAGCCCCUUGAACUCACCGAUGAAUUUGUCAUUGUCACUCUGGCCAAGCUGGCCAAUGGCAAUGUGUUUGAGUUCAUGCCUUACAUGGGCAUCACCUUGGCAACCAUAUUCACUAUGCUGAGACUCGCCAACAAGACCAAGAUACGCCAGGCCAUCUGUGUGGCCAUGGAGACCUUCUGUGAGGUGGUGCAGUUCUACCUGAGACACUUGGAGGACAGCGUGUACCCCGUGAUGACUGAGGAGCAGUUUGCUGCGAAGCUCUUCCCCAUGUACCGCUACUUCAUGACCGUGUGGCUGAAGGACAACAACCCCGAGGUCAAGCUUGGGGUCAUCAAGUCCCUGAAGCCCAUGCUGAACCUCCUCUUGCCCAACAAUGACCUUCGGGAGCAAGUGUAUGACUAUAUCCCCCUCCUGCUGGCCGAGUACCAGAGCAGCGUGGAGGCCCUGUUCAUCACUCAGAUCCUGAGGCAGAUCCUGGAGGUGUCGGUCACCACCCACACACCUAUCCCCCACAUGCAGCUGCACACGGUCUUCAUGGAGCUGCACGUCCAGGUGUGCUCUGAUGCUCCCAGCCAGCAGUACAGUAACCAGAACCUCAUAGAGAUUGUGCACUGCUUCGUUGCCCUGGCCCGUUCCUACCCCAGGGAGCUGAUGAAGUUCUUCCUCAACCAAAUGGAGAUAAACAACGAGGCCAGCCGUGUGGCGACCUUGACCAUGAUCAGGGCUGUGGUAGGCGCAGAAGAGCCCAGAGUGAGUAUGAGGACCAUCUGCCUGGCCAUCAGGGUGGUCAAGAAUCACCUCUCUGAUCCAAGGUCUAAGGUGAGAAUGGCCAUCCUUCAAAUCAUUGGCCAGCUGGCACUCUCUGGCUACCAGGACAAGAUCAAAGGCUGGGGUUUGAAGUACGUGUCUGUGCAGCUGACACUGUCCACCUACAAGCUGACAAAUUGCCGAGAAAGCUUUUAUGUGAAGGACUUAGAGGAGAAGAUGGUCCACAAAGUCACCAUGGACACUGUGAAGAUCAUCACCUCGUCUGUCCGUGGAAUGAGUAACGAGUUCUGGGUGAGGCUCCUGUGCUACAUCAUGGAGACGGACUACACAGAGGCCCUGACCGCGAUCUGCAUCAGUCUGACCAACCUGGCAGAACAUCAGCUUCGCAACAAGGACGUGGAGGCAAACAUGACCAGCUCCAGCAGGCAUGUGGACCUGCCCGCCCCACAGAAGCUGCUGGCCCGGCUUCUGGUGCUGAUAUCAUCCCCCUACAAAGGGGAGGACCGUGGGAUUGCCAUCCUCAACCUCCUGUGGACCCUGAGCCAGAGCAUUGCUCCCGCCAUGACGGAUGUGUGGAAACUGGAAAUCCCACUGCUGAUCCAGUACCUGAAAGAACACACUGAGUAUACUUGGAAUAAGAAGACCUGGGAAGACAAACUCAUUCAGUUUCUGAAAAAUUCCCUCAAGAAGACCCGGAGGUCCAACUGGAGCCUGCGGCUGAGCAAGGAGCUGAACAACCAGAUGGAUGACUUCAGCAGCCCCUCCCCAGAGAAGGCCUUCCUGUACCGGGCUCUGGGCUGCUCCCUGGCCAUGGGUCUCGAGGCUGACAAGGUGGAGGUGCUGCUGCUGGAGUUGCUCUACAAAACGGACUACAGCAACACUUUCGAACGGGAGGGCAUCUCCCUCUCCUUUGGCAUGUGUGCCAGGGGCCAGGUGAAGACGGUGCUGGCUGUGCUCCAGGAGUUCGAGGACAAGAUCCAGGAGUCGGAGCUGUCCUGGCAGAUUGGUGCUUGGCGGAAGGACCACCCUUGGAGGCGGGAGACCAUGAAGAGUGCCCUAAUGGACAUGUACAGCUUCGUGGCCUCCUACUGCCACCCCCAGAUGCUCCUCACCCACGUGAACAAUCCCAUCACCACCAAGAUCAUCCACCACUACACCAGUAGCUGCCAGGACAUCUCCCUCAAACUGGCCUUUAUGAGGAGUAUCAUGCAGGUCGCAAGUGCUAUAAAAAGUGUGGAGUCCUUGGAAGACUUUGAGUUUGCCCCGAAGGCCACUGUGACUGGCAUUAUAAUGGCAGUCAUCAAAGCUGAGCCAGCCCAAAGCCUGGCUUCCCCUGUGCGGAUCAAGGCCUUGGAAGCCCUCAUCCACCUCAGCAAACUGAAGCCGCUCUACUCCGUGGAAGAAACCAACGAGCUGAUGGGCAUCGGUGUGCAUGCCGUCAUUUCCCUGACACCCCCCAGACAGGACGAUGAUUCCAUCGUGAUGCUGCAUGCCGAUGCCAUGAGGACCUUGUCCCAGCUGAUGGAGGCCCUCAUGCAGCGACAGAUGGACCCCAAGGGCCUACAGGAGAUGGUACAGCUCCUGGAAAAGUGGAUCUUGUCGGAAAAAGAAUGGGAGCGGGAGAAAGCCCUGAGUCUUUUUCUUCACAUGAUGCAGAUCUACGUGCAGAGCACGGGCGUCUGUAUCCCCUUGAAGCUGGGGCAGUUUGGCACCCUGGUGGGACUCAUCGCUCCGCACAUCUGUGACUCCCACCUGAGAACCCGAAUAGCCUCCAUUGAUGUCCUGUCCAGGCUGCUGGACCUUCAUGCCAGCCAGACCUGCUCCCUGUGGGACGUGGCCAAGGAGAAGGAGCUGCUCAGGUGUAAGGAGGAUCUCAGCGGCUGCGAGGAGAAGGUGUUCGGCGCAUCCACCAGGAUCGCCAAGGUGGUGUGCACGGAGUUUACCUGCGACGAGGUGGUCUCCCUCAUUCGGAAGCUCUGCGAGAACAUGGGGGCCAUGGACCUGCAGCAUGACAAGGCGUCUGUCAGCUGGAUAGGCGUCUUCCUUCAAACCUGGGUCAAGGAACUGGAGGACAAGGUAGCAGAGAUCCUGGGUGCCAUCUUGACCCAGCUGCCCGUGGUGGACGACCUGGAGGUGCGGCAUCUCCUCAUCGAAGGCAUCCUGCUGCUGGCCCAUUACCACCAGGACACUGUCCUCACAUCGCUCCUGCGGCAGCCGCUGCCCAUGGAGAGCCACCUGACAGAGGUGUGGCUGGCCGUGGCGGAGAACGCGCCCUUCGCCAGGACCAUGCUCCACAGCCUGAUGGGCCGGCUCCAGGCUCGGUUCAGCCCCCGGGCGAACCCCACCUCCAAGGCCGAUGUCUGGCGGCUGGCCACGGUGGACCCUCUGAUGAUCCUGUGCGUCACCCACCUCCUGCUAGACAAGGUGGACGUGGAUGACCACCUCCCCGACCUCAUCUGCACCCUCCUCCUGCAGCUUAGUACCAGCCACUGGCCCGAGGAUGGGGCCCCCGUCCUCAAGACAUGGCGACUGGUGCACUCGGACACCCUGCCCCAGGAUAUGAACCUGCAGAGGGUCACCAUCAAAUCCAUGCAACUUGUGCUCAAGAGAGUCAGGAGCCAGGGCCUGGAGCGGGGCCUGGAGGAGCAGGGCGUGUGGGUGCUUCUGGAGGACGGGGCCACCUUCCUGAAGGGUGUGGGCUUGUUCACCAGGUUGUGCUCCAGGAACCUGCGUGGCCCUUUCCUGCAGCGACUGGCAGAGCUGGUGCUCAGGGCCAUGAACUCGAACGUCUUGAGCUGUCGAGUCUGCAGCACCGCCGUGUGUGUGGAAUUCAUGAGAAGUCCUGUUCUGCACCGGGAGAGGCUGCUAAAGCCAGCCGUGCUCUUGCUGGAGCAGGGCGUGGACCACGAGGACGAGGCUCUGCGGGUGCUAUCCCUCCGUGCUCUUGGGAACAUGGCCAUUGGUGCCCCCAAGAAGGUGAGGCAGUACCGGACGCUCCUGCUGGAGAAGUUCCUGUCCUCCCUGCAGGACCCCACCAGCACCAAGGUGGCCUCUGAGGGGAUGACCGCCCUCACCAAGGUCCUGGCGGAGCUGCGGGAAGGGGAUGUGGGCUCCUCGUUUGAUGCCAUCUCUGAGCAGUGUAGAACCUUCUUCAACAAUGAGAGCGAGGUGCUGCGGCUGAAGGCCUUUCUGCUCUUCGGGAAGCUGGCCAAGGUGGUGUGGAUGACCAAGCGACACCUCUUCAAGGCGGAGGUGAAGAAAGCCUGGGUGGCCCUCAUGCUGCACUGCCAGGACCCCUGUGACCGCACAGCCAGUGUCUGUAUGGAGACCAUGUCCCAGUGCCUGCAUUUCUGGGGCUGCAAGGGCCUGGAGACCCCCCACGUGCAGAGCACUGCCAGCGCAGAUGAGAUGGCUCUGUUUCAGACGGCCAUGUGCACCUUCCUGACUCAGAAGAAACCAGCUGUUCUUUAUACUUUCUUGCUGGAAACCAUCGGCUACAUGAGAAACAGCUUGUCCAGGAUCAGAAUCGCUGCAUGCAAUCUGGCAGGGGUCAUACUGAAGCAGAUGGCGGUAAGCUACCUGAAGAAGCUGGACUUUGUGGAGUUACAGAGCUUGUUCCAGGAGCUCCAGCUGGACGCGGAGCCCGAGGUGCGGCGAGCUGCCCUGGACGCACUCAGGGUCCUGGACAGCUGCACCCAGCACAAGCUCCUGGUGGCUCCCGAGGGCGUCCCCUCGGGGCCCACUCACUGCUGA